CUGUAAUUAGUGAAUCAGAGCCAGGGUGAGGGUUUGGGGCGGUCACAGACGCUGCAGGAGAAGUCAAGAGUGGCAACUGUUUUCUGUUAUUGUGUUGCUAUGUAGUUUGUGCUGACAUGGCUGCAGGGAUGUGUGUACCGCUGCUGGUUUAUCUCAGCAUUGUUCUGCUUCAGCGUGUGUCAGCUGGAGGUGCUUAUUGUGCAAGAACAGCAAGAGCUCGUGCAGCUGCCUUGGGUUUGGAUUAUCCUGGAGUCAACGGAGCCCCUGAUCUCUCCAGACCCCCUAACAAUGAGAUGCACCCUCGCUCAAUUUCUCAAACAUACUAUUACAAUGAGCAGGCUGAAAUUGGGCCUAAUUUGGCCUCCUAUGGACAAAAUCACCCAGGAUUAAGACCCCUGGAUGACAGCAUUCAUAAAAAGGCUCACCCUAUGAGUUUUACAUCACUACCAAGAAGUUAUAAUCCAGGACACACUACUCACCAAGGGCUUAGCUUCCCCAGAGGACGGUCAGCCAUUAACCACAGGUCCAAUUUUGAGCAGGUCAACCAUGUUGCCCCUGAAGCCUCAAGCCAGCAUAACCUUGUUCAUUUGAAUCCUCAAGGUCACAGCAAGCCCCCCUCAUUUGUCAACAAUGGGCAUGACCUUGUUGUUGAUGAGUCUGUCCCAAAUAGUCGUGGCGUGUAUGUGAGUGGCCCCCCCCUGCCUCAUGGCAGGGGUCGUGCCCCUUACCAGAGGGUUGACAGCCCAGGCAGAGCAGUCCCCGUCCUUGGGUCAGCCAGAUUUGCCAACAAAGAGCACAUCCGAGGACCUGCUGUGGAUAAACUGAGCAGGAAGAGAUCUCCUGCCCGUUUUGCUCACAGAAGCAUCAAUGUGAGACGGUUAAAUCAAGAAAAACCUUUUCGUAGAAAUCUUUUCAAACCAAUGUGAGAUCCAGCUUAAAACAGUCGCUCAUCUAAGAGGUCUAACAGAGCUUGGCUGCUUUUUCAUAUCUUUUCCAUUUGAGGAGUUCCCUUGGGUAACAGGCAAGCAAAAAAACAAUGGUUUCAUCAUAUUUCUGUCUGGCUUUCUUUUGCCUUUAAGCAAAAAAAAUGUCCAAUUGCUCCUUGUAAAAAAAAAAAAGCCUCUGUAUUCCUCACCUUUAUGCCUAAACAAGCCAAAUCAUAGAAUAAACCUGAAGCUGAAGUUAUGGUAAA